UUUCUUGCUUUUGUAAUCAACAAAGUGAAUCACAAAUGUUUCAUGGUAUUAGUAUUACAGAGUGCCCUGACAUGAAAAAUCCCUUUGUUUUUCAUUCAUUUUGUAACUUUCCAUGUUUCCGUACAACUCUUUUGAAUUUCCCACCCACUUCUUUCAUUUAUAUCUAAUGAAAAACAACCAAAAGAAAAUUAGUACAUAUUUUCUCUACAAUAAUUACAGCCAUGAAAAUUGCUCCAAAGAAACCUCAUAUUUUCAAACCUAUUCUGCCCGGGUUCAAAGAUGGACUUAAAAUUCCUCGUGGUUUCUUGAAGUAUCUGAAGGGACAUGAACAUAUUGAACAUGCAGUAUUGAGAAGGGGUAGUAAGCAGUGGCUGGUGAAGGUGAACGGCCGACGACUUGAAGAUGGUUGGGAAAAGUUUGUAGAGGAGCAUGACUUGCAGUUAGGAGAUUUGUUGGUGUUCAGACAUGAAGGGAACAUGGAGUUUGAAGUUUCCAAAUUUGAUUCAAGUCACUGCGACAGAGAAUAUUCGGAGUAUUUGCAACAAGAAGAAGAAGAAGAAGCCAAUAAUGUUGAAGAGACUUCCAAGAAUCUUGAAUUUGAAGAGAUACCGAGCCCCAGCAUCGAGUUGUCAGACCAUGCAGAAGCUGCUACUCACAAGCCUUUUGGUCAUUCUAGUUUUGUUUGCACCAUCAGACCAUAUUGCCUUACGUAUGGUUUCUUAUACGUUCCUAAACAUUUCGCAUUGGCAAAUGGUCUCGCGACAAACAAGAAGUGCAGUCUGAUCAUAAAAGAUGAAAGGCAAAGCUCGUGGACUUUAAGGCUAAGUUGUUGUAAAACUCAAGUCUACAUUGGAGAUGGCUAUUGUAAAUUCGUUGCUGAUAAUUGCUUAAAGGAGGGAGAUUGUAUUUUGUUUGAGGUUGUUAUUGUUGGGUUUUGGAUGUAUUUAAUUAAUAUAUAUUAAAUACUU